CAUGCCAUAUGCAGAUAUGCGUGCAUCGUGCAUGUAGCUGGCCUACGUGCGUGCCGGUGGAAGAGUGUUCGCCUCCGAUUCAGAACUGGAUUAAAAUAAAAUUUGGGAGUUGUUACAACCGUUUUAUUUACACGUUCAGGUCACUGAAAGCCACAUAACCCCACCAAGAUGUCUGCGAAGUCCUACACCGUGAAGUGCGAGUCGACCUCCCCGUGCGAAGGCCAGAAACCCGGCACGAGCGGACUCCGGAAACAUGUCACCGUCUUCCAGUCGUGGCGGUACACGGCCAACUUCGUGCAGAGCAUUUUGUCGGCGAUAGACGGCGCGACCCGCGAGGGAUGUACGCUGUUGUUGGGCGGAGACGGCAGGUUUUACAUGAAGACAGCUGUGCAGAUUAUAAUCCAGAUCGCCGCGGCUAAUGGGAUUGGCAAGCUUGUGAUUGGUCAGAAUGGGAUACUGUCGACGCCGGCGAUGUCUUGCUUGAUCAGGAAGCGGCAGGCAGCUGGGGGCAUCAUCCUGACAGCUAGUCAUAACCCAGGAGGUCCUGAUGGUGACUUUGGGAUCAAAUUCAACAUAUCCAAUGGAGGACCUGCUCCAGCCAAUGUAACUGACGCCAUCUACGAGUUAACCAAGACAAUCUCCACCAUCAAGCACUGCCCUGAUCUGAAUGUGGAUGUUACCUCUCUUGGCACUCAACAGUUUGACAUUGAAGGCCGACAAUUCACCAUUGAGGUUGUCGACUCUGUGGAAGACUAUCUCACCCUCAUGCAAGAAAUCUUUGACUUUGAGGCCUUGAGGAAACUGUUGAGUGGAUCCCUGAAAGUCGUUGUGAAUUCCAUGCAUGGAGUUGUUGGGCCCUACGCCAAGCGCAUCGUUUGCCAAGAGCUCGGGGCACCAGCAGAGUCAUGCGUGAACUGUGACCCCAAGGAAGACUUUGGGGGUCACCAUCCUGACCCCAACCUGACCUACGCGGCUGACCUGGUGACCUUGAUGAAGAAAGGCAUCCACAGCCUGGGAGCUGCCUUUGAUGGGGACGGGGACCGCAACAUGAUUCUGGGCAAGAAUGGCUUCUUUGUGACUCCCAGUGAUCUGAUUGCCGUCAUUGCCGCCAACGCCAAGUGCAUCCCCUACUUCAAGAAGACUGGCGUGAAGGGCCUGGCACGCAGCAUGCCCACCAGCGGUGCUCUGGACAGGGUAGCCAAGGCCGAUGGUUUGGAGUUCUUCGAGGUCCCGACCGGCUGGAAGUUUUUCGGCAACCUCAUGGACGCCGACCGGCUCUCACUGUGCGGUGAAGAAAGCUUUGGUACGGGCAGCGAUCACAUCAGGGAGAAGGACGGACUGUGGGCGGUGCUUGCCUGGCUGUCAAUCAUGGCUGCCCGGCAACUGAGCGUGGAGGAGAUCCUCAUGGAUCACUGGACGAAAUAUGGCCGCAACUUUUUCACAAGGUACGACUACGAGAACGUCGACAGUGAACCAGCUCAGCAGAUGAUGGCCAAUCUACGCAGUCUUGUGGAUGCAGACAAAGUAGCGACGUUUAUAGGCCGCGAGUUCGCAGAGGGGGACAAGACGUACAAAGUUGCCAAGGCGGACGACUUUGAGUACACUGAUCCAAUUGACAGCUCUGUGUCCAAGAAGCAGGGGAUCCGUAUCAUCUUUGAAGACGGCUCGCGCAUCAUCUUCAGGCUGAGCGGUACCGGCAGCUCCGGUGCCACCAUCCGCAUGUACAUCGAUAGCUACGAGUCCGACAAGUCCAAAUACUCGCUGGACGCACAGGUGGUCCUGCGGCCGCUGGUCAAGAUUGCCCUGGGUAUAUCUCAGCUGCAAGAGCUGACGGGCCGGCAAGAACCGACCGUUAUCACAUAAAAUGCUAAAUUGCUUCAGAUUGCCCAUUGUGGUUUGUGGGACAAGUGAUACAUGACUUCAUAAGCAUAGAUCUCACAACUCGGAAUGCUACUCAACUCAAUAUUUAACUGGGAGCUCAUAACCUACAGAUCCCAUAGGUAAAAGCCAAAAUGAUUCUUUGUUUACAUACAUGCUUUUUCUAAAGUGAGCCAGGUUGGAUGAAAACCAUCAAGCUCCCAUAUUAGAGUGCACAUGUAAACAAAGGGUGAUGUCAUUAUUUCUCGGGACUAUUUUGCUAUGGCUUGCGCGAGGUUCCCCAAUUUGGGGAACUAUGAGUGAGCAUGCAUGCUCGAGUUCCAGUUGAGCAAACAUAGUGAUCACAGAGAGACAAAAAGGUUCGAACAGGAAGGCACAAUUUCUUUGUACAUUCUAUCGUAUCGGGUGUCUCUAUAUGAGAAUGAAUAUCAAAUAUUCAUGUUUUAAGCAAAUAGAGAGGUGGAAGCAAUUUUUUUUUUUUUUAGCCACAUAGCUUGGCUUGGCAGAAAUACAAAGCUCGAAAUAUUGAAUGUGCAUGAUCUAUUAUUUAUGUUAACGCUUUCUGCAUGGGAUACAGUUUAAGUUAUGAGAGUUUGCUGUUGUAGCAAAAAUGGAAAUUGUGUUACGGAUAGAUUAGAGUGACAUUUCUUUAUUGAAACCUCUAGAAAGAUUUUGUAUGUUAACAAUUGACGUGAAUAGACUGUCACUUAUGGUGCAUGGGCGUUCAGCAAAUUUUUUUUCUAAAUUAGAAAGUACUAAGCUUAAGGCAACCUGUUUAAAAAGGUACCUGGCCACCUACAGCACCAUGGGCCAGUUUAGCAUCUGCU